AGAACAGAUUGAGCAGUCGCGAAAAGAAGGGCCAAUCGAUCAAUUCUAAUCUUCUCUCUCUCUCUCCCCGGAGCCCUACACAAAAUCUCAGAUCCGAUCAACAUCACUUCUCUGCGGAUCCAAAUCUUUGAUAAGAACACACAUAUGUCUUCAAAAUUCAGCGGCGAUGAAACGGCACCGUUUUUUGGCUUCCUCGGCGCCGCAGCUGCCUUAGUCUUUUCCUGUAUGGGAGCAGCGUAUGGAACAGCGAAGAGUGGGGUGGGAGUCGCAUCGAUGGGGGUGAUGAGGCCGGAGCUGGUUAUGAAGUCGAUUGUGCCGGUUGUUAUGGCUGGUGUUUUGGGUAUCUACGGGCUGAUUAUUGCUGUGAUCAUUAGCACUGGGAUUAACCCUAAGGCUAAGUCUUACUAUCUUUUUGAUGGUUAUGCUCACCUUUCUUCUGGUCUUGCUUGUGGCCUCGCUGGUCUUUCUGCUGGUAUGGCUAUUGGAAUCGUUGGUGAUGCCGGUGUUAGAGCCAAUGCACAGCAGCCAAAGCUUUUUGUUGGGAUGAUCCUUAUUCUCAUUUUUGCUGAAGCUCUGGCUCUCUAUGGCCUUAUUGUUGGCAUCAUCCUUUCUUCUCGAGCUGGUCAGUCUAGAGCAGAGUAGAAGAGGACACUCCGCUUGUUUCAUGCGGUCCUAAUUCUAUUAUUUAAGAAUUUCUACUAUGUUCACCCUGGUUUGAAAUUCUGGAGUAGUCAACGAAAUGUCUUUUGCUCCAAAUUUAUUCUGUAUGGAUGCUGAUUGUUCGGCCAGAAGAUGGAUUGUUUCAUUUGCGGAUGCUAGAUUGUAGAUUUGGUGUUAGUUCUUCUCCUCAAUAAAGUUGUCUUUCUUUCUUUUAUCUGAUGCUGUAAUUUGCGAGGACCAUUUUUUGGACAUCUCAUUGCCUGAAUUACUUAUUUUGCGGGAUUCCUUUGAAAGCACAUAUUUCGUUCUCUGAUUUCCCUUCUCCAGGAAAAGUCCUGGUAUUCUUGUCCGGACUUUUUGCUUAUACUAGGAAUGUGCUACCUG